ACGAGAUCGACCAAUCAUUUAACGCAAAAGCUAUGACGCUUUUCGAUACAAUUAAAGAGCAUUGAUUAUUGAAUUAUCGUAUAAACUCAGGGAGAUAAAACGCCCUGGCUUUACGCAAGUUUUUAGAAGAGUUGCAGUCGAUGCAGUUAUUCAUAAUCUUAAUGUGGUUGAAAAUUAGAGGGCUCCUUUUCAACUUCAAGGUUGUUUACUUUUAUAACUUCCUUCCGUUUUUUAGGCAUCAUCUGGGUAUAUCCCAGUUGUGCCGUUGAUCAUUUGUUGUUCAAAUCGCCAUGGAGUAGAAAAUCACCCAGAAGAUUAUAAUAGCCUGAAAAGUUCGAUCCCCGUACGAGAUUUAUGGCUUUAUUAGUUCUAGGCAUACUUUUAGAAGCUUAGUUUGAUCUUCUUCAUUUAAAACUGGAAGAAACAAGUGAAGGUUUGUCUGUUGAACCUCUGCCUUUUUUUGCACGGAUAGGUGCAUAGCAAAUGACAUGGCGUCUGUGAAAUGGCUGCAGUGGAUUUUCUUGGAAUUCUUCAGUUUUACGAUGUGUUUAGCCAAAUACUUUACCCUGGUUCUCCCCCAUGCCGACAAAAGCAGCACAGUAAUUCCCAUAGGAGUCCUAACAUCACAGACCAAACUUCAUUGCGCCACUCUGUGUGACCUGGUGCCGUCCUGUUAUAGUUUCACGUACUCCAUAGACUCUUUGGCAGACAAUUGUCGUCUGCUUCCAUCUACCGCCAAAUCGUCGACCUUUACAGUAUCGGCUGCUGGAAACAAGCAUUAUGAGAGAAAAGUUGAUUGCGGUGCGUGUAGUACAGCAAACUACACUUUGGCGAUGACGAAUACCUUCAGCUGUCAGUUACAGCAGGAGACGCCUCACCCAAGUGGAUGGGUGAAGAGUGACUUUAUUGAGUCUGGUAUUGUCCUCAACGGAAAUAACCAAGACCACGUGGCGACAUCUAGUGGCUGUAACACAAACCCUAUUUACCAGUGUUUACAAUUUGGUUGGUAUGGAACUGGUCCCUUGACUUUGACAGUUUCUGGGGGGUCAGGUGUGUGGCCCACAACCUAUUUCAGCAAGUCUGCUGAGGAAGGUCAAUAUUUACAAGAACUAGUCAAAUUAGACAUUGGACCGCAGGACAGCACUGUGAUUCGGUUUAUUGGACACAAGAACACCCCUAGUUCCCUCGGUCUCUUCUUUAUAAGAAUGACCAACUGUCCAUGCUCAUGCGUAACGUAAAAAAACAACCACUUUUUGUUUUACUUGUACUGUUAACUUGGCGUUAUCAUCAAAGUGACUAAGCAAUAUUAUCUACAGUAUAAAAUGUAUUAUAUAUGCUUAAGGACCUAAUUUAAUGAAUACAAUUCUAAAAUUUGUAUCUGAAAAUACAUGUAUACAGACAUCAUGGAAAAAUAAAUAAAAAUAUUGAGUUAUGAUAUGAAAAAUAGAUGCAAAAAAAAAAAUCUGUGUUAUUAGCAAUAGCGAUGUAUGCAAAUGCUUAGAAGGAAACAUAUUUGUUUUAACAAUUAAUAUCAUGCUGUAUAAUCGCUGUUGUAGAUAUCUUAAUUUUUAAUAUUAAUUGAAAUAAAAAGUGAGAACUCUACCUUUACUGAAAUAACAUUAUUCGAUGCAGCAGAAGGAACAAAUCUACAAAAAAGUGAAUAAAUGUUAUGUACAAUUCUUAUUGCUUUAUUACAUUGCGUUUUUGCUUAUCAUGAUCACAUUAGAGACAUUGUCAGAAGUCAAUACGCGCUUUAAG